AAAAGCAGCAGCAGCAGCAUAAAGGAAGGGCUGUUAAAUUAUCGAGAAUAGGAAAAGAAAGUGAGAGAAAGAGAAAGAGCGAGCUGAUGGACUCCAAGCAACUAACAAGAAUGUGAACAAGCAGUUCUCCGACAAAGCCAUGCAUAUUAUGCAGCCUCCUUCCACACCAGCCAUUACUUAAUCUGUACAGAGCAAGUAAAACCAACUUGUGAUGAACGUUGACCAACACUGUUACACUCAGACAUGAGUUACCAUCUCCUCAGUGCCAUCAGCUGUCUCUGCCUUCUUCAUACUGGUCUCCGUGCUGAAGAAUGCAGCCAGAUUGUUCUGGCACAACGUGAGACAUUGUAUGUACCAGCAGGGGGCAGUUUGUCUCUGUCCUGUGUGGUCCAGCACUGUGGAGGCGCCUGGACGGGAGACUGGAUGUGGAGAAAUUCAACAGAUGAAAAGUUAAUUGUGAAGCACCGUCUGACCAAUGUGAAGCUCUCAGCCAAUCAAAGUCGAUUCGUUUUGAAUUUCCUGAGUGUCAACCAAGCAGACGAAGGUUCCUAUGGAUGCAGCGUGAGAUGGGCUGAAGGUGACACUGAGCUGGGACAUUCUAAGUAUGUAAAUGUCACUGCAGCUGUCCCGUCUCAGAGGAGUAUAUUACACAGAGUGUUGGUCUGUGCUGGUGCCUCUCUGUGUCUUCCCAUCAUUCUUGGAUUGGCUCGUUGUCUGAGUUCAGAAGUCAAGCCUCAGCCACUUCCCAGGACGCGGUCCAUUCACUCAGCUGUGUACAGAAACAAACCACACCCGGCUCCACUGCCUCCACCUCACUGCCCCGUACCCCAGAAGCGUAGCUCUUCCUCUUAUAAAGCCGUCCCAAAGUCCCGGCAGAAGACUGAGGUGGUUUAUGCAGACAUUUCCCAGGAUGCACUGAGACAGCAGGGAAACACCAGAGAGCCUGACAAGUCCACUGUGUACUCAUCCCUCAGAUUCCCCUGAAUGCAGUUAAAGUAGGUGAAAAAAUUGCUGAGGAUAAAUUAUGUUUUGCUUUUUGCGGGAUCCUCGUCGUCUUCAGGGAAUAUAUACGAUGUGGACUUGAGGGAACAGGGGAGAUUUUCACUGAAACUCAAAACAGAAACUCAAGACUACCUGCACAUUGUGGCAAAUCAUUCAAGCAGAGGACAAAAUAAGAUACCAAGUAAUCCAGCAGAGUCAUUUCUGUCUCUCGAUGUCAAUGUGCCAAGAAUCCUUCAUGUGCAUAGUAGUUGAGCAGAUAAUAAGGAGAUAUUGCAGCAUCCAUCAACCAGAUGAACCACCCUGAGGUGCUACAAAGAGAAAAGACUCAGCUCUGUGGCACAAUUCUACUGAUAUCAGCACUUUUAUUGUUUUGAAUUGUGACUGCGGACAAGCAAAACAUACAAUUUAAUCUGACCAAUGUGAAACAAACUUUGUCUCUAAUACAUACCAAUGUUUCUGCUGUGUUCAUGUACAUAACAUAUUAAAGUAUGAACAAACCCCC